GAGCACGCAGCGGGAGCGCAACACUCCGGCAGUCGCAGGGCUCCAAACCCAAAGGAGAAGGGGCUGCCCCAACACAUAUAAUAAAAUGGACCAGCAAUUAGCCCAGGACUCGGUCCUCGCGCCCUUACAGACGCCCGGGAGCCGCCGGCAACGCGAUGAAGCCUCCUUCAGCUCCAAGAGCCACUUCAGUAGAGCUUCUGGAGCCGUGUCGCCGAAGAAGAAGCGCACGCCGCACGACGCGCGAUCCGUGUCGUUUGCCGUCCAGUCGCCCGACCGCGCGCUGGCCCAUCGGGACGAGGCCUUCUCCUUCUCGGCGGUCUCCAUGGGCGACUGGUCGUCGCUCGAGCACUGGGAGACGCGGUCCCAAGAGAAUAAACCGCUCACGCCGUCCACACCAAAAAGACACCUGAGGAAGCUUAGUACUCGAAAGGAGCCAAAAGUGAGGCGCCACCUGUCCUGGCUUGUUAUGAGAGAACCGCAGAAAAGGACGCCCUCGGCCAUGGAUGUUAUAUUAUUAAAUGAAGCUCUGAGAAGUUUCAAACCGGAUAUUACCCCAGAACAGGCUACGACUGAUGUGGUCACGGGUCGCGUGGCACGAGCAGCAGCCGCUUUGUAUGAUGCAUGUGGCGCUCUGAAUGAAGGUGCGCCUGCUUCGAAGGUCUUGGCGGCCAUCGACGAUGCCCAACUCGCGACGCGCGGCUGGUCCCGUGUAUUGGCGGGCAAAGGUAGCUCAACACCACUAUUGUGUUGCCCCGAGGUGGCCUCGAUUCGGUACUAUGAGUGGUUCCUGAACGCGAUUCGAGAUGCCAUUGAUCUGUGGGGUGCUGAGCUACUCGGGCCGGACUAUAUGGACGUGGUCAAAGGUAGAAAUCAAUGGAUCUCAGAUACACCGGAACAACCAUCGGCCUUUGAAAGGACCAACCUCGUUUUGUUGAAUGUAUCUAAAAGACUAGUGGAACCGCCGCCCUCGUCACUCCCCCAGCGCGCCCUGCAAAAGACGGUCUACUUAGCCGAGACGAUACACAAACGAUCACGAGAAGCCGCCAUAUAUUUGGCGGUCGAGGUCGCCUUUGCUGCUUGUGAGCAAUUAGUAAAUGUUCCAGGAAAGGCCGUGCGCGAGGCAGGCAUUGGGAUGUUCGCCGUAAAACGCCACAUGAAGGUCCUAGAUUUGGACACCUCCGUACGUAAGUUAAUGCAGAAGGGCCGCGUCGCGAACGCAUUGCAGGCCGCCGAUUCACUAAGAGAGGCCGGCUUUAGAGCCAAGCUCUGGGCCAAGGACGGGGCCGACGACAUCCUUUGGAAGAGGCGGAGCGACUCGUUCCGGACCUUCGUGCCGGGGCCCAUGUACCAUCCUGGAUCUUCAACGGUCGCCGACCACGACGCGCGCAUGGCGUUGAGCGUCGCGCCGGCGUCCGACUACUACGAGGUCGAGGUCGCGACGGCCGAAGGGGCUUCUAGACUGCUGCACAAGACGUCGGACGAUCGCGUCGUGUUCCUCAAUCCUUCCGUAAUUCCACCAGGAGAAUAUACUGGUACUGUGACCGAAACGUUAUCGAAACGGACAGUCCUAGAUAAGGUACCCUUUACCGUUGAUAAAAGGAGCAACGCUUCCCCAUGUGUCUUCGAGGCGCCGUUGCGGGCGGUAGAGUGGAAGCUUCUGAUGAACGGCGAGGAAUGCGCAGAUUAUAAGGUCGAGUGCCACAUCAAGCCUGCUGUAUACUUUGAUGCAAAAAAGGUACAAAGCGAGGCCGAGAAAAUGAGGAUCUCGGAGUUACGAUCAAUAUUGGGAGAGAAGGGAGGCAUGAAGAAGAACCUUGUAUCAAGGUUCGUGGACUUGAAGCGACGCGAGGCGGAGAGUAGUGGAGGCGAGCCGUUCCCGGUGAAGGGCGUCUGCAAUUCUGAUGGAUGUCUCGAGAUGACGCUGCCGGGCGGGCGGUGCUUUGAUAUAACGGCGUCCAAGUCGCGGCAUCCUACUCUGAGAAGGAAUGAAUCUCUAAAACUCCCGGGCCCCGCGCCGCCCGAGCUCCACUGGGCGAUGGCGGCGCCGAAGAAAAUAUGUCUCUGCUUCAACGCCUCCGAUAUAUUUUGCGGAGUGAAUAUACCAAAUGCGACGCGGCUCGUGGUGCUCGAUGCGGGCGGUCUGAAGAGCGGCCGGGAGCGACCUAAUGAAGCCGCGUCCGCGUUCCUACGGGCCGCGACGGUACCGAUGGCCUUCGCGGCCUGGGAUGAUGGGACCUCCUUCCCCUGGACGCUGGCCGAGGCCACGGAGGAUACCUUGGCAAACUUCUUCACAAAAUGGUCGAAAUGCGAGCGGACACGUUCAAAGCCCAUGCUCGAGGACGCAAGCGACGUCCUGGUGGUUGUGGACGCGGCAUCAUCCAGGGGCUUCCCGGCCGACGGCCUGCGCACGUUCAUGCGCGACUUCCCGGAGCAGACCUUCCACGUCCUCGUGGCGUUGGAAAGUCCGGACACGGCCGUCGACGAGGCCGUCGCCGACGUCGCGAUGGCGGCGACGGGGUCUAUAUUCUACGUCGCGCCGCCGGGCGAGGACGAAGUCGAGGCGCCGGCGCCGGCCGCACCCGAAAAGGACUUCGGGCCGGAGACGCUGAGCGAGGGGCAGCUCGCGGACAUGUUCGAUUCGAUCUAAGAUUCUCUGUAUUUA